GCCCCUCGGGGCCGCGCGAGGCCACCACCGAGAGGAACGUGUCCCAGAGAGGCCGAGAGGGGGGCUGCGACCCUCGGGGCCGCGCGAGGUUUCCUCCGGCCGCACGAAGCCACCACCGAGAGGAGCGUCUCCCAGAGAGGCCGGAAGCCGGCGGCUUCCGCCCUCGGUGGCUACGCCGCUUCCGGCCGGAUGGUGUGGUGGUUGUGAGGCCGGUGCGCUCCCCGAGGGCCGGCCCGGCGGCCCCGGCCGAUGUCCGCAGCGCCCGGGUCUCACGUCUCUCCGGCUGCUGCCGAGGUUUAGGAACGGAGUUCCGAGAUGAAGGCGGCGGCGCCGGGAAGACGCCGGUUUGGGAGCAGCAGGUGCGCCGCCCCGGCAGGCCCGGGAGGGAGCGAGGACGCCCUCUGCCGGUGUCGCCUCCCCUCUGGCGCCGGCUGUGCGAGGCUGCGGCUCCCGGGGCGGCCCUGGAGCGUGUCCUCACGGGCACUCAGACCCGCGCUCGGUGUGGUCGUUUUCUGGUCGUGACCUGAAGUCUCACCCGCGCAUUUGCUUGAACUGGAAGAGCCCAGCGUGCUCGGUUUGCUAUUUUCAUUUCAGUCCGUCUGUCGUCAAGCUUCACGUUCUCUCCGCAUUACAGGUUUGACGUCAGAAUUCACCGGCAUCGCCCGUUUUCCUUCGGAAUUCGUAUUUCCGUGCUUCACUCGGUGGGUUUCCAGAUGAUGGGUCAGCUUUAACCCCAGUAAAGCCUUCAGCAGCCUUUCGCAUUUGUGUACGUUAAUGACUCGUCUUGCCUCAGGAGUAGCCCGAAAAACACCCCCAAAGCCAGUCUCCCACAUACUCCAGCCUGUGCCGUAAUACGUGUUGACUCGGUGACAGCCCGUAGUGGCUGCAGCCGUGGCUCCCGACCCUGAAAGAGCAGGACCGCGCUUGGAGCCAAGAAUGUGUGCUGUGCCGGAAGAACCCCCAACAACCAGGACGUAGCCACUGCUGCUCCUGACUUUGGGCGUUUCUGUUACCUGGGGACGCCUGCACCCUGGGAGGCCUCCGCCCCAACUCUAGGACCUCUGGCGGCAGUGGCGGAUGUCCCGCCGAGGAGCAGAGCCUGACCAUCCUGCCCGCGGAGCUCCAGGCCCGGGUGUUAGAGCAUCAGCCAGACAGCAGGGAGGAGGCGGCGAUCCCGUGGGGGCUUUGCAGAGAGAGCUCCACGAAACAGGUUGUAGCCAGGACAGGUGGACUAGGAGUGUGUUCAGAAUUUCCUCACCAGGCAGCACAGAAGCCACCAGCUAUUCUAGGCCAAGAAACAUGUAGACUUCCAGGCUAUUCAUGAACAAGGAGUGUGUCCUGAAAGGUAACACACUUGUUGCCCCCCCCACCGACCAUCGGAGCUGGAAUGGCUGGAGUACUCCUUCCACGGCCUCCUGAGGAGUCAGAGGGACUCUUCGGAGUAAACAACAAAAAAUGGCCUGCCAAGGUUCAGGCGACUGGCCCACAGUGGAGCAGCCCAAACCACCAGGAGGUAUUCCGCCAGCGCUUCCGACAGUUCUGCUACAAGGAGACCCCUGGGCCCCGUGAGGCCUUGAGCCAGCUCUGGGUGUUCUGCUGUGAGUGGUUAAGGCCUGAGAUACGCACCAAGGAGCAGAUGUUGGACUUGGUGGUGCUGGAGCAGUUCCUGACCAUCCUGCCCGAGGAGCUCCAGGCCUGGGUGCGGGAGCAUCACCCGGAGAGCGGGGAGCAGGCCGUGGCUGUGCUGGAGGAUCUGGAGAAGGAACUGGAUGAACCAGGCCAGCAGGUUUCAACCCAGACCUGUGCACAGGAAGUGCUUUCUGAGACAUCGGUGCCCCUGGAUCCAGCUCAGGAAGCAACAUAUCUACAGCCUCAACCCAUGGAGAUCCAGCUUAAGGGUGAAUCUCGGGACCCUCAACACCAACAGGACUGUGAUGACGUCAUCGGAAUUGAGAAAGGAGGAUCGAUUCAAAAGCAGGAGAUUACCAUAGAUACAGAGUCUCCAAAAAAGUCACCCGGCCAAAUCAACGGAAAAGUCCCUCAUUGUGAAGAAACCCAAGAACAUGAAGGACAGACAAAGAGAUAUCGGAGAAAUUCUUCAACCGAGAGAAGAUAUAAGUGUGACGAGUGUGGGAGAAGAUUCACUCAAAACUCAAGCCUCAUUAGACAUAAGAGAAUCCACACUGGAGACAGACCCUAUUCGUGUAACGUGUGCGGCAAAACCUUCAUCCAGAGUUCCCAACUUAUUGACCAUCAGAGAAUACAUAACCGAUUAAAACUGUAUCCGUGUGAUGAGUGUGGAAAAGCCUUUUAUUACAGUUCACACCUUGUUCAGCAUCAAAGGACCCACACUGGAGAAAAACCUUUCCAGUGCGGUGAGUGUGGGAAAGCCUUUCACUACAGCUCCGGCCUCGUUCGGCACCAGAGGACCCACACGGGAGAGAAGCCCUACCAGUGUCACGUCUGUGGAAAGGCUUUCUGUCUGAGCUCGCACCUGAUUCAGCACCAGCGCGUGCACACUGGGGAGAAGCCGUACCAGUGCAGCGAGUGUGGGAAAAGCUUCAGCCAGAGCUCAGGCCUCUUCCAUCACCACAGGAUCCACAGUGGGGAGAAGCCCUAUGAAUGUGAUGAGUGUGGAAAGGCCUUCAGUCACAGCUCAGCCCUGGUUGGGCACCAGCGAAUCCACAGUGGAGAGAGGCCCUAUGAGUGUGACGUGUGCGGGAAGGCGUUCAGUUAUAGCUCCCAUCUUCUGGGACAUCGAAGGAUCCACACUGGGGAGAAGCCCUAUGAGUGUGACGUGUGCGGGAAAGCUUUCCGGCGGAGCUCGCACCUCCUGGUACAUCAGCGAAUCCACAUUGUAGAGAAGCCCUGGUGAUGUCAGCAAUGGUGCAGAAUUAUCCAUCCGCACUUUCCUGCAGAACGCCAGAUAGGGACGUCUCCGUGAUGGAGAAGUAGGGAAUUCUGUGAUCACCAUUGCGGUUUCCGCUGUCAUUUGAAAAUACUUCUGGAGGCUGAAAGAGGCAAUCACUUGACAGCUUGCCAAACAAGCAUGUCGUCUGAUGACCUGGGAUCUUGGAGGGGCUCGUUCCACAUCCUCAGACUUUCCUCCUCGAAGCAGGGGCUCAGGAGAUCUCUAUAAUCCGUUAGAUAUGUCCCCAGGGUGGUAGAGAUGCUGCUAUUCCCUCCCCUGCCUCCUUUCCUCCCUGUUUUUUUGGAGUUGGAGUGAUGAUCUUGUCUGAAGUGUGAGUUGAGAGUUACUUGAUUUACAUUUUUAAAAAUCCUGAAUUUUUGGUUAGCUUGAUAAAAGACCUCAGCCUAUCGGUUGUCUACACUAAAAACAUAAAUACAAAAACCACUUUGUAAUUUGGGAUAAACGUUUGGGUGGGUAGGAAGGUUCCAUGGGAUGGAGCAGGAGGGUUGAUCACACACAUCCGGUGACCUUUCAUAUCUUCCACCAGAGAUGUCAAACAGGCCAGGGCGCUGUAUUUGGCCUGCAUGUGCGUUUUUCCCACAUAAUAUGUUUUGUGAUAACAUGAAAUUAUUUCAACUUUUAAAAAUCUGGAGAUUUCACAUCGAAUCUGACUUUCCAGAUUCUCUUACAAAAACGCAUGAUGUGGCAAUACUAGAUGCCACCUUCCCACGAGGCAGGAGUUGACUGGAGCAGAUUAUCACCCACUGCGGAUGGACACAGUCCACUACCACACAGCGACCUGUGCUCCCUGACCACCCCCUGCUCCCCCUACCUGUGUGAGCCCUGCCCUGCUCUCCGGGCUUCUCAGGACCACCUUGCCACCAAAACACUGCACUUUAGCUUUAGGCGCUGGCCCCCAAGAAGAUUUUCUCUGAAGAAAAGGCUUUCUGCUAACAAAAGCUUGAAGAUUUACUAUAAAAGAUUUAAGGAGCACCUGGGUGGCUUAGUCAGUUAGACAUCUGACUCCUGAUCUCCGCUCAGGUCUUGAUCUCAGGGUAGGGAGUUCAAGCCCCUUCUUGGGCACUGCGCUGGGCAUGAAGCCUACUUAAAUAAAUAAAUUUUAAAAUGUAUACUUGAGCACCCGAAGGAAGAGGAAAGCCACGGUAAAAUUUUCCUUAGACAGAAUGUACAGGUACUUAUUGAAAGUCAACUGUGAUGGCUUCUAACCAGACCUGUGGAGACUAGUUCUUCCUGUGAGAUGAAAACAGCAUGCUGAUGGGAGUCAACACUAAUGUUGGAGUGAACAGGCUCAGGGCCCAAAGCAGAGGUGCAGCUGAGGGAGAGAAGCUCAAGAUCUGAAGCCACAGGGACGGCAAGGCCGUGGAAUGAGGCCCAAAUGGGAGAGUGGGGAGAGGAUGAGGCCCAAAUGG